CACCGGAACUGCGGGAAAACCAAACCAAAACAAUUCAACGUGCAAACUGCCAAAAGAAUACAUAUUACCAGUUCACUGGCAAUUGCAAAUUGAUUCAAAAUUGAAAAUGGACAGAGAUUUAGCAGCUCGUAGACAACUACACACAACAAUAUUUGAUCAUUGUUACUCACCAUGUGGAAAGUAUAUUGCAGCUGCUAAUAACUAUGGACAGAUUGCUGUUUUCAGUUUGUCAGCAGCUUUAGCACCAGAAGCUUCAGAAGCUACAUGGAAACCAGUCUUUAUAUUUGAAGCCUCAGAAGAUGGAGCUAUUUUUACCUUAGCAUCUACAGACACUUUAUUGAUAAGUGGAGGAAAUGGUCCAAUAAAGGCUUGGAAAUGGGCUGAUAUCUUAAGUAAGUCCCCAAGAGUGGUGUGGUCCUUAAAUAUUCCUAAAAAAGGUCCAUUUUCACAGCCUGAAAUUAACUCCAUAGUCCUUAAUACAGAGGAAGACAAAUCUGAAGUGUUUGCUGCAUGUGGUGACAAUAACAUUUAUGUGUGGGACCUUGAAUCUGGUCAACAAAAGAUAACAUUAAGUGGACAUGACAACUAUGUACACAGUUUAGCUGUGAAGAAUGGAAACACAUGUGCUUCAGCUUCAGAAGAUGGUACAGUCAAAAUAUGGGAUACAAGGAGCCCCAGUGAUGCUGUGCAUAGUAUAGAACCAUAUAAAAAUGAGUUGUGUGCAAGACCUAAAUUUGGUAAAUGGUUAGGAUGCGUUGCCAUGGAUACAACAGAUGAUUGGCUGGUAUGUGGUGGUGGACCCAGUCUAUCUUUAUGGCAUCUACGAUCAUUGACAGCAACAACUACAUUUGAUACACCUGGAGCUUGUCAGCAGUGUGUUAUGUUCCAUGAUGAUUCAAUUAUUUCAGCAGGAUCAAAAGGUUUCAUAAAUCACUGGUCUGUUAAUGGAGAACAGAGGAUGAAAGUUCCCUGUACACCCUCAUCUGUGUUCAGUCUGUCUUAUAAUUCUGCAUCAAAUAAUUGCAAGGUGCUGAGUGCAACAGGGAACAGUUCUAAAUUGGAUAUAUUUACAAACUUUGGUUACAAAGCAUUUUCAUUUACAUUCUCACAAAUAUAAAAUUCGUAAUUAAAAUUAGAAAAAAUUUAGUAACUUCAGCUUGUCC